CAAAUUCAUGCGCACAUGACAGCAGGCUGCAGGCGCCGUCAGCCUACCAUUUGUUCCGAGCGUCAAAUUUCCGCCAUUCAACGUGUCAAUCCAUGUUUGCCUGUUUGGCCGCAAUCAAACUGUGGUUUUAUUCUAUUUAAAACCCGUUUUUAUUUCGACAAAGCACUAAAAAAACUGCGAUUGAAUGAAUCAAAUUUGAGAAAUAGAACGAUUUUCUUAGAAGCUUUCGAGUCUCCCAUGGCGUCGCCGUCCGAUCUCGCUACCCAGGAGGGUGCUGUUAGGAAACAAAAGAAGGGAGCCCCUUUCAAGUUCCUGGUUCCUCUCGUCUACGCCCCCAUUCUUCCCCUCAUUCGAAUUUCAUUGCGGAAGAAUCCAGUUGUGAGGGACCGUUUGUUCACGGCAGUAUUAGCUGGGGCAUUCGCUCAUGGCUUUUACUUGGUGUAUCCUUUUUUAUUACAAUUGUGCCAAGCUGAAAUUAAAACUCAAUGAACCCUUUAUUUAGGUAAGGCAUUUACUUAGAGAUAUCUAGAUCAUAUUGUUCUCCCAUGUGAUUUGGUUAGGCUAGUGAUGAGAUGGCUUGAUUAAUUCUAUAUUGCACUAUUAUAAGAUUGUUAACAAGAUAUAGCUGGGUAAAUACAAUCAUGCAAACAAACCUAACUUGUAUGAAUUAACCCAUGUGAUCCCUAUACUUACCCUUGUAUGAAUUAAUCCAUGUGUACAAAUAUCUACCUUCUAUGGAUUAACUCAUGUGAUCCAUGUGUCUAAGAACGUUGAAUAAA